AUGGGCUCGUGGAGGGUUCGCACGAGCACCCCGCAAAGGGGGGGCCAAGCAGGCCGGCGUGGAUGUGGUCGAGCUCGCGCGGCCCGCGGACGCGUCCCAAAGACGAGCGACGCCGCGCCUCGUAGGCAUUUUGGCUCAAGAUCGCCUCGCCUCCCAAACCAACAAACUUACCCCUCGCUUCCCUCUGCCGCCCGCGGGCGGGCCGAGCAAGCCAUGGGGCAAGCCAUGGGGCAGGCGUGCACGGCGUGCUCCGCGGCCAUCCCGAAUGGCUUCUCGGGCAAGAGCGAGGAGACCACCACCGAGCCCGAGGAGACCGAGCUGGACAAGGUUAAGCGGGAGCUGGCGGAGCGCGUGCUGCUGAGCGCCCAGGACGCGUCCAUGCAAGCGGCCCGAAGGGCCGCCGAGAGAGAGGGCCCCCUCGACCCAGAGUACAUCUACGACGAGGCCUUUAAAGCCGCCGAGGCCGCCAUCGAGGGUGUGAUGACCGACGAGACCUUGGCGCUGGGCGAGAAGGCGGUCUCGCUGACGGCGACCUCGGCGGGAUCGAAGACGGUCAACAUGCUGGCCAGCCAGGCCGCGGUGAAUUCCGCGACUGCCGUGCUGAACCAGGUCGCCGCAAGCGGCGCGAGCGACGUGGUCGUGACCACCGCCACCCAGGCGGCCCUCGGCGGGGUGGUGGGGACCGUGACCUUAACCUCCAUUGGCCCCGCCGGCUUCGCCUCCGCCAUCGGCUCCAUCGCGGGCAAGCACGUGGCCGAUUACAGCGGGGGCGACGAGGAGCUCGGCAGCCUCGUGGGUUCCGUCGGCGCUGGCGCGCUCGCCGGCGCCUUUGCGGGCAGCGCCUUCGGACCGCCGGGCACGCUGGCGGGCUUCACGGCAGGCGCUACGCUGGGCACCGCGCAGUACUACACCGCGAGGCUCAUUCAAAAGGCCGUCGAGAGGACCUGGGACUGCGUCGAGGAGAAGGUCAAGGCCGCACGCGAGGAGCGCGAGAAGGCCAAGGCGGCGGCGGCUCCGGAGUCCGCCUGA